AUGACUGAUUUAAUAAAUACAUCAACUCAUUCUCAUCAUUAUCCACCAAAUCCAAAUGAAAUUGCUGGGAAUAGAAGACCUGCACGUCCAACAAGUGCUCAGCAACGAUCAACAACACCAACUCGUAAUAGGCCACAACAUAAUACGACUGUAAAUGGUUUAAAUACAACAGCAAAAUUAGAACAAUCUUUGUUGAGACAUGACUUAGAUCGUACGACGACAUCGAUAAAUUCAACAAAAUUAAAUGGAAAAGGAAAGAAUCGUUUAUAUUCAACAUGGACACCGUUACAAGAUGAAGAAACAAAUGCUCGAUUAUUCGACGAACGAAAACAACUUGUGAAUAAAUGGUUUGAAAAAUGGACUGAUGAUCAACGUCGUAUUAUUCUUGACGAUAUACUAGCUCAAUGCCGUAAUCGCCAAUUGACAUACGCACGAAAUAUAUUAACAAAACGAUUUCCAGCGCAACAUCAGGAUUUUACUCGUUUAUUUCCACGUGUACUUUGUCUUUAUAUAUUUUCAUUUCUUGAUCCACGUAGUCUUUGUCGCUGUGCACAAACAUCAUGGUAUUGGAAAUUUCUAACGGAAUCCGAUCAAAUCUGGAUGCCAAAAUGUCUUCGUUUUGGUUGGACACCAAAACAAAGUUCAUCACCCUAUGAAAGCAACGUUUGGAAACGUGUUUAUUCAUUUAAUAUUCAAGCAUUGCAAACAAUGCCUGUUCGGGACUAUUCUCUUCGUUCACAAAGUGGUUACUAUGAUGAUCAAUUGUCUACUCAUGAAGAUACUGCUCGUUCAAAUUCAGCUCGUCAUCAACUUAAUAAAUCUCAUUCAUCAACUCAUCGUGCUUUAGAACAUCCACCAUGGCGCGCUAAUAGUCGAGCACCAACUGAUACACUGCGUUAUAAUUAUCUAGAUAACGAUGAUAGCGCACUUGAAUCAUUGAUUGCUAAACAUCGUAAAUAUGGAACUAGUAUUCUUCAACAAACUGAGUCUGAUCAUGAAUUGAAAAGUGCAACUAAAGAAAGACAAACACGCAGUCGAACUAAUGAAAGAUAUGAACAAAAUGGAAGAAAAAGACGAAGUCAAUCUUUGAGUGCUCGUGGUAGCCCAUCAGUGACUUUUCGUGAUGAACAUACAUCAAGAAAUUCUAAUCAUAAUCAUUCAUUUUUGGCUCGACCUCCAUCAACGUCAGGUAUUGCUAAUCGACCUGUAGAUAUUCCCCGACCACCGUCAUCGGCUCAGAAAUCAAAAUAUGCAUCAAAAACAUCAGCUAAUGAUAUAUCAAAUCGAACAUGGCAUUCAACAAAUAAUUAUAAUUAUGCUGAUGAAUAA